GUCAUAAAGUCACUUUGCUUCUAUUUAACUUUAAUUUUAGCUUAAAAAUAAUUCAAUCCCGUUCAAAAUGAAACGCGGGAUAUCGAAAACUACUUCAGCUCCUCCCUCAAGUGGUUGGAAGAAGCCUGAUGAGGUCAUAAAACUUCAAAGAAUCAAACAAAAGCAGCGAGCAUUGCAACAACGAUUCAAUGGACCACAGCAAUCAAGUACUUCAAAAACUAUUGAAACAAAUCAAAAAGAUGCCCCGGGAAAACGCAAAAACCCGUUUGGGAAAAAUUCUGAACCGGCAAAACGUCAAAAAAGUCUCGACAUGGAAGACAAUCUCACGACAGACGACUCAAUUUUCGAGCUGCUUGUCGCCACGAAGCACGAAGAAGUGAAAAAUAUCGAAGCAACGAAUUCAGCAACUUCCGUCCUGAGUUACGAGCAACGCGUUGAAGAGGCUGAAGAUGUCGAUGUUGAAGCGGAACGUCGUACUCCGAUGCCUUAUUUGCCGAUUGAUUGGACUUUAAAGUCUCGUUUGAGGUUUUUGUGUCGCACGCAAGUCCCGGGAAAUAAUUUGAAGACAAAUCAGGAGGCGAGUGGCUUAACGAGUUUCGUUCGUUGCAUCGAUCCGUCGAACACGACAGCUGGUCUGGAUAUUUCUCCGGGCUCGCAAUUCUCGAAGGGGACGUUUUAUUGGCAAUAUCCGCAUUUACCGUGGCUCCAAAUGUAUCCGAGAAACGCGAAACAAAAUCACGGAUUCAAUAUUGGGGAGAAAGAAGCGCAGGCCCUGCAACGAGAUUGGACUGAAGCGUUUCGGAGUCUUUUUCAACUUACCCGAUCUCGACAAUGUCCGUACUUUUAUGUGUGCGCGAACUCGUUUACGGUCCUUUUUCGUGCCGCCGGCAUCGGGGGAAGGGCUGAAACUCAUGCUUUUUUGACGCCAACCUCUCGCGGGAUUCGACAAGCGAUGAAAAGUGAGGAUAUUGAGUUCACGUUGCCACUGAAAAAGUCAAAUGACGCCAAUAAUCGAUCAAUUGACUCCACAAAAUCGCCAAAUACGAGCAAUUCUCUCGAUGAUACCGUUACCAAUAACACCACUUUAGGCACAAAUGCCAACGAUAGUCAGUCCUCGAGCGAAGAAGACGAAGAAAAAUGGCUCGAAAGCUUGGGUGUCGAAGCGGAACAAAUAAAACGCAUCAACGAAAAGCAUUUUCGCAAAAUUCAAAAUAACGAGUGCGAAGACGACUUCAGCGAAUCAUCAAUUGCCUUGGUAGAAGGCGUCGAUUGUCAAGCUUUUUUCAAUUUCCUCUUGAAUUCCAAAAGUUCCGUCGCCAAAGUAGGUCGCUUGGCGAAUAUUCCGCCGACACUUCUUGCUCCAGUUGCUUUUCAAGGAGCCUCGUUGCAACAACUUUCGCUUCGUUCGAGCAAAGUUCGCUUGGAUGGCGAAGAUUAUUCGAGUAUGGAAGUCAAAGGAGUCAUUUUGCCGCAUUGUUUGCCUUAUCUAGCGAACUUAUUGGCAGAAAUUAAAGAUUGUUUCAGUGCAACAGUGACGAGUCAUCCAGGCACUGCGGGUUUCAAUAAGGCAUCCACGAGACUGAUUGAAGACAUGGACAAGGAAAAUGCGAAGGCGUCGCAAUCGGAUAUGGUUUUUGGGCGGGAAAAUUUGUCGGAUUGCGGGCUGGCAACGCAUAUCGUUGAAGCAAUGUGUCGCACGACACCGCAGGCAAUUCAGAGUUUGGAUAAAAUGUGGUUCGUGAAGGAGCAGGGAGGGUAUUUGUACUGAAAAAUUAAGAAAAUAAUGACUGAAAAUUAAAUGGAAAUGUAAAAAAUUAACGAAAAAACGAUUAAAAA